UUGUGAUUAUUAAGUAGUUGUGAUUCUCUAUCCAAUACAUUUAAGCUAGGAGGAACUGUUUUUCAGCCAAACACUUCAUUGUUCAUGACACUAUCCCAUACAUAAAUAUAAAUAUCCUGCACACAGUACUAUUUACCAUUUAAACAAUCGCGUUGUGAAGAUUUAUUAUACUUGAAUCAAUUAUAGCUUAAACUAGACAACUUAAUACAUACAUGAUUCAAUGAGUUCUCGACUGUGGGCCAUCAAUGCCGUCAAGAAGAGUAAAACUCAACUAGUCCCUGGAUCGUCCAAGUGGCUUUCCAAAGAGAUGUCUGCUCAUUAUGAAAACGUUUUAACUAAUAGUGAAUCACAUUUUCAUGAUUUUCAACUGUAUCAAGAUGAUUUGAAUUCAUUUAUGAAGAAAGUAAUGCAACUCAACGAUGAUGAAGAGAAACUUAAUGAUUUCAUACUGGAUCGGAUUUCCAGAAAUACAUCUACAUUCUCACCUAUACGACAAAAGAAAGAAGAACAAGAUCAAACAAUGGAAAGCAUUAAUGAAGACAAUUUGGCUGCUGAAGAGGAGGAAAAAGAAAUGGAAAAGGUUGUCGAAGAUAUACUGAAUUUGGAAGUUCAAACCACUGUUUCAAAAACAACUAUUCCAGUUGUUGAUACAGAACCAACCAUUGAAGAUGGUGGUGCAGAUGAUUCAUUUCAAGCUAUCAGUAAAGCUAUACGGAAAAGUAUUGCUGAUAAGACCGCUCUUGGUAAUACUUUCUUUAAACCAGAAAGCCAACUAAGUUCAGAAGAUGAAAACAAGAAAGAAGAAAUCAUACCAGAAUCAAUCAACAAGUCAUAUACUUCAAGAAAAUCAGCAAUCACACCAAAGAGAAGUUCAUUAUUUGUUUCUCUUCCUGCUAGAGAACCAAUCACUGUCACUGCUACAUCCAAAAGAAAAUCGGUUGGUCGUUCAAAGAAUGGCAGUCUGAGAGUUUAUGAUAGAUUGGAUGUUGAAUCAAGAAUGGAAACUGCAAGUAUUGUUCAAAAUGAACCUGUUGAAAUUAGUGCAAAAGCCAAUGAUAAACAACUCACUGAAACUGAAACAUUAGAUUAUAACUUUUCCAUGUCACCAGUUAAGAUUCCUUUAUCUAAAAGACCAUUUGCUGCAGGAUCAAGUAAAGAAGAAACUACCGAAAUAGAUAUAAAAAGUGAUAUACUAUCGAAACUGGAAUCAAAUCAAUUAAAAUCAUCACACCAUGAUGCAGUAAAAUCAAGCAUUCCACAAAUUACUGCUUCACUGAAAGAGAUAACACAACAUUCUAAAACGUUAUUACUGGAAAGUAAGAUACCAAGACUUCUGCAUCAUGAGAAGAUCAAAGUUGAAACAAAUGUUCAAGAAAUAACAAGUCCGGAAGGUUCAUCUACUCCUAUAUCAUCAAGAUUAACUAGCAGAAAUUCACCAACAAGUAUAGGUACUUCCAAAACUAGUAGACUGAAAUCUCCUGAGUUUAAAUCACCAAUAUCGGUUCCAAGUAGAGCUAUAUCAAGAUCUAGAAGUAUAUCGCCAUAUAGAAGCAAAUCUUCUAGAUCGCCAACAACUUCGCUUGAGAGGUAUUCUAGUUCUCCAGUGAAGGAAGAAGAAAUGAAUUUAAUUAAUAGACUAAGUGCUCCUACAAGUUCAAGCGCUGCUAAAUAUAGAUCUCUGAUAGCUACCAAGAAUUCAGAAUUGAAAAAAGCCGAGCCUGUGAAUACUAAGAACAGAUUCUUAACUACAACUUUAAAUUCAUCAAAUCCACAAUUCAAAUUACAGAAACCACCUCAACUGAACCGAAGACUACCAUUAUCUCAUGCUCCAUCCCCAGUAAAAUCAGGAUUACUGAACUUAGAUGAUGGAUCAAUCCCAAAAUUGGAUUCAGGAAGUAUUCCAUCUUUAAAGAAGAAAUCUCUUAUGGCUGAAAGAAGUGAAGCGGCAGCUUCAAAACCAAGACAGAAAAUACUCAUAUCAGUAAAUCAUACUGCAAAAAUAGCGUCAUUAAAAUCAGAUACUCAACCUAAAGAGAAACUAGACUCGGUAGAGCCAAAGUCAGCUAAAAGAGUAAACGAAAAGGCAAGUGCUAGAAGGGAUAUUGGUAAUGCAGUUGCUUUACCAGAUGCUGCAAGAGGAUAUAAUAUCAAACCCACUGAUAGUUCAAAGAGAAGAAAACUUCUCAGAGAAGAGAAAACCCCAUCAAGAGUUACAAGCAACAAAAAGCAAACAUAUGAUAGCAAAUCUUCAGCUUCAGAGAGAAGAACCACUUUCAAAUCCAUGCCGAUUUUAUAUCCACAAAGUAAUCCACUGACUCCUAGAAGAAAAACGUACACAGCUGAAACAUUGCCCGAUAUUCUUACUGAUGAAGAAGAUAAUUCGUCAAAUAAGAGUAAGAAAAUUCUUCAGUCCUGGGGAAGUACACCUGAAUUACGUAGGAUUGUACUUCAAAACAAGGAAAUCAAUCCUGCCACAGUGUUUGGUGAAGUACCGAAGCUUGUUAUAGAGGAUAUAUUCGAUACACAGGCUUCAAUAUUAAGAGGCAAACAAUCUCCCGAUAUGUCGCCGGAUGAAAAACAACGAAGGAAGGAAGAGAGAGAAUAUGCUAUAGAAAUGGGAUAUAAAUAAAUAAACGAACCUUAUGUAUUAUUAUGU